AUGGAGUUGCCUCCUGUCGUCGGUGCCUACACGGACAUCGUACCUCUUGAGUUGUCUAGUCACACUUCUGGUUCUCAUGCGGGUAGUGCUGCUGCCGCCGCUGCUGCUGCUGCCGCCGCUGCUGCUGCUGCCGCCACUGGUGUGGCUGGCCCUAAUUCCAGUACUGCCACUAAUCUCGGGUUGAGCAUUAAUGUGGGAAACCCACUUCGCGCCUCCACAACAUUUGGGCUGCAAUCUCAAUGUCUCAAAGCCUGGUCGCCUCGAUUAAACCGCGCUGUUGUAUUGCGUCGCAUCGUUCUAUCGCCCACUCCCUUAGCUAUUGAUCAUCUAGCUAAUGCCGACUCUGAUAUAGUAGGGGGAACAAGACGCGCUAACAAUCUUGAGACUACUGCUUGCAGGCAAGGCAAAAUGAACCUCAUAGAUAGUGGUUCUUAUCUAUUUGCCUUUUAUAUUUUUUCAUACAGCUCUUCGAUGGACCCUACCUUAGGCAAUACGACCUCAGUUAGUCUCUCCCCUGCGGCAUACUUUCUGGCCAAACAACUUUCUGAACUUGACCAUCCAGCAGUAGUCGGUCUUCGGGACUGUUUUCAAACCGAUGUUUUUGAUGACAAUUCCGUGAUCUUCGUCUACGACUACUUUCCGAAUUCUUCGACAUUACAGCAAGUGCAUAUGUCUGAUCCGAUGAAGUUGACCAGCUUCAGUUCACCCUUCAACACGGGUCGUGGUUCCCGACCACACAGUUCAGCUAAAAGUAAGCAAUUUUCGACUAUUGAAUAA